AUGCAGGGCACGAGAUCAUUCUUGUGUCUUCAGGUGCUGUGGCUGAAGGGAUGGUUCCUAGAGAAUCGACCCACCGAUUUACCCAGUCUACAAGCUUGUGCUGCCAUUGGUCAGAUGGGAUUAAUUCAUACAUGGUCAAGCGUGUUGGAAAAGCAUUCUAUCCAAACUGCGCAAGUCUUGUUAACUCAUGAUGAUCUUGCAGAUCGCCGUCGUUACCUUAACUCAUGUGAUGCACUGCAAAAUUUAAUUGAUUGGAAAGUGAUUCCUGUAAUCAAUGAAAAUGACACAGUGUCUACUGAUGAAAUUCGCUUUGGUGAUAAUGAUACGCUUGCAGCAAUGGUUGCAGGGCAAGUUCAUGCAGACUUACUGAUCAUUUUGACUGAUCAGCAAGGGAUGUUUGAUUCAGAUCCACGUUCUAAUCCAAAUGCAAAAUUGUUCCAUACUGUUCGUGCAAUGGAUGAAACCUUGUUUGAUAUGGCAGGCGGUGGUGGUAAGUUUGGUCGUGGCGGUAUGUUGACCAAAGUUCGUGCUGCUCGUUUGGCUGCCAAGUCUGGUUGUCCAACACUGAUUGCUAGUGGUGAAAGUGACAAUAAUGGUCAUCGAGUCGCGGUUGGACGAGUGAACUUUAGUUCGCGUUCUGCUGAAACUGUCAAAGGUUUAGCUUCGGAUAAGGUGUAUCAGGUGCUAGGUGAAGCACGUUCUUUAGAAAUGAUUCAUCGUAAUCACAUGUCGAUUUAUUGA